AUGGGGAAAGUUACGGCCCCCUUCCUUUAUGAUGCGCCAAAAUCCGAGGGAUCCUGCAGCCCAUACCAUUCAUUUGAUCCAAGGGCCAUCUCCCGUACAAGCUUCCAAUCCACGGCCCCACGACCCAAGGUAGUGGGUCCUCUUGUUUCUAUGGAACCGAACCACAACCACUGCAGAAUUUACAAUCAUCUCUCUCGGACAACUAAAAACGUCAAACCUAUGCACUCGUCAGUCAAAAAACAUGUCAGCUACACGCAAAAAACACUACUCGCGCUCCGCUACUGCCAGCUGUUUUGCUCGUGCGCCCUUUUUGUCAUUGGACUUCUCGCCAACCCAAUCCAUAAAACUGCCGUGUGGGUUAUCCGGAUAGCAAUUGGUGUCACCAUAGCUCAUACCAUCUAUGCACUCUACCAUUUAAGCCGCAAAGCUUCCGGCAGAAUACCAGCUUCUUCGGCAUCCUACUCUCUAUUUGCAUCUCUGCUUGAUAUAGCCUCAGUUGCCUUUUUUAUAUACAUAGCCUUUUUUUACGGGAUUCCACCUACUCACGCAAAGUACUCUCUUCUUGUGAUUCUCAAUGUUGAUAUACACGUAUUCUACAAAAUGGGACUCUGCUCAGCGGCAGUCGGCACAUGUUUAUACUCAGUCUCUUCAUCCUUGUCAUUAUACCUUGCAGUGGUAUUCCGCAAGAUUGCCGCCAUGCCACCAGACAUGAAUCCCUUGGAGGACAAUCUGACUUCUCGGCACAAGAGAAAUAAGUCAUCAAUCGCUACCAAUACGUUCGUCACUGAAGUUCGAAGCUCUGUAUUAACGGGUUCUAAACGGAGCUCUGGAGCAUCGUAUACAAAGUCUAAUUACCUAACGGGAUCCAAAAUACUCCAAGGUGAACCAAGGGUCUCUUUUGCACCUAGCGAUUCCACAGAUCUGAGGAACGCCCGACAAGCCCUUCCAAGCCAGGUAGGGACAGGAUCACCAGUGCCAACUGAACUAAAACGUUCCUCUGGCUCCUCAACAUCCCCGAAAAAGCCUUCAUAUAUCGAAGUUCCUCUAUCAGAUGAUAACGAGUCCUUCUAUCAAAGUCUUGUUUCCGAAUUCCAGCCGACAACUUGGUAUGCAGGGGACUCGAUCAAAAAGAGUUGCGCACGCUCUAGCUGCGUAAUUCCUGACAGUUCACAGACACGAUAUACGCCUCUUCACACACCACAACCGAAUAAAAAACACCCUAACCCACUUCAAGCAAACCCUCCUUCAGAGGCUAAUGAAUCUUCCCCUCAAAGCCUAAGCCCAAGGGAAGCAAUAGAGCCAUUGCCUCUACUACCUAAUAGAGAGAGCUAUCGCCAUAGCGAGGAUAGCUCCGACAUCGUAGAUGCAUUCAUCAAUAGGUCAUCACGCGACCAAGCCACAGAGCAUCUUACUAAAACACUAAGGUACGGGGAAUUAAGACCAGGCAAGCCGCCAGUCAUGGUGGGACGAAGUGAUACGAGACAAAUCUCUUCAGGAAACGAUUAUUUUUUCGAAAAUUGGAGCCCACGAAGCAUCCUCGGUCGUAGAGAUGUCAGCGGAAAGCUAAUCGAGGAGGGUCGUAGUAACGAGAGCGGGCUCUUGAACAUGAAACUACGGAAAUUUAGCGGAAAGUUAUUGUUCUGA